UCUGGGCAUUAUUGGAAUCAAGAAAAGCAGAGGAAAGUGCUUUAUUAACAAGGAAUUUCUAUAGAGAAUACGAAAAAUUUUCAAUCCUUCUUCAGCUGGUCACCAUGAUUUCUUUGUCUGAUGUUUAUCAUGUUGUGGCAGCCACAGUCCCUCUGUAUGUAGCCAUGAUGUUAGCUUACAUAUCUGUAAAAUGGUGGAAGUUCUUCACAGCUGAGCAAUGUUCUGGAAUAAACAAGUUUGUGGCAAAAUUUUCAAUCCCACUGUUAUCUUUUCAAGUCAUUUCAGACAACAAUCUCUACAAAAUGAACCUCCAGUUGAUAUUGGCCGACUUUCUUCAGAAAAUAUUAGCUAUUAUUCUGUUGGGAGCAAUCACUAAAAUCACCUCUCGUGGAGGCUUGAAUUGGAUUAUCACUGGUCUGUCUCUGUCAACCAUGCCAAAUACUCUAAUUCUAGGAUUGCCAGUAUUGAAGGCCAUGUAUGGAAGUGAAGCAGAUGUGCUUCUUGCCCAGAUAGUUGUCUUGCAGAGCAUUCUUUGGUACAAUAUAUUACUGUUUCUCUUUGAGUUCACUACCACCAAAGCAGCUUCUUUAGCUCCAGCAUCAGAAGCCACAGAAAUUGAAAUAACUCAAGAAGGACGAGCGAAAGAAGAGAUUGAGGAGGCAAGAGAUAGAAAUGGAAGGAGUCUCAAAACCAAGUCCAUUCUCUUAACAGUUGCUAGGAAGCUCAUCAUCAACCCCAAUACGCAUGCAACUAUAUUGGGACUCAUUUGGUCAAGCAUAAGAUUCAGGUGGGGAGUAAAACUGCCAGUAGUUAUUGACAGAUCAAUAUCAAUUCUAUCAACUGGAGGACUUGGUAUGGCUAUGUUCAGCUUAGGUCUUUUCAUGGGUUCACGGACUAGCAUUAUAGCAUGUGGCACAAAAAUGACACUGGUGGCCAUGGGAAUGAAAUUCUUAAUGGGGCCUGCACUUAUGGCAGCAUGCUCUCUUGCUCUAGGACUUAGAGGCAGAUUACUCAGAGUGGCAAUUGUGCAGGCAGCACUUCCUCAAGGAAUUGUUCCAUUUGUCUUUUCCAAAGAGUAUAACAUUCAUCCAGACGUUUUAAGCACAGGGGUACUUUUGGGGUUGCUCAUUGCACUGCCAGUAGCACUCGCCUAUUACUACUUGCUGUCAUUGUAAAGCAUCAAUGCAGCCAAUGCCACCACAGGAUAACAAAAAAAUUUAGGACAUUGACGCUAAACAUCAGUAAAAGACCACAUGGAGAUGUGAAGUUUUUGAGUUAAAAAAAUUUUUGCCAUUUUUUUUUUCCGAAAUGGUAUACUGCUGAUGAUUUAAAGAAGCAUGUAAAUGUUUGUGCUAAAGAUAUCAAUGAAGGAUGAUGAUAUGCAAUAAACAAAA